UCAACCUUUCCCCGCCUCCACCUCUCUCUCUCUCUCUCUGGGCCUGUGAAUCAUGGCCAUGAUCGGCGCUCUCCGGCGAGCAUCCUGCCAAUCGGCGACGUCUCGGAAGCAGGAAGCACCGCUGCUGCUCGGCCUUGCCUUCGCCCGCCACAUCUCCACUGGUUUCCGCGAGGAACGCGACACUUUUGGCCCCAUUCUCGUCCCCUCGGACAAGUUGUGGGGUGCUCAGACGCAGAGAUCAUUGCAGAAUUUUGAGAUUGGCGGCGAGCGCGAGCGCAUGCCUGAGCAGAUCAUCCGCGCUUUUGGUAUCCUUAAGAAGUGUGCGGCUAAGGUGAACAUGGAUUAUGGUCUUGACCCAACUAUUGGGAAUGCAAUAAUGCAAGCUGCACAAGAGGUGGCUGAGGGAAAAUUGGAUGAUCAUUUUCCUCUUGUGAUUUGGCAAACUGGAAGUGGAACCCAAAGCAACAUGAAUGCCAAUGAGGUGAUAGCCAAUAGAGCAGCCGAGAUUCUUGGUCAUAAACGUGGUGGAAAGUUUGUACAUCCAAAUGACCAUGUCAACAAGGCACAAUCUUCAAAUGAUACAUUCCCAACUGUUAUGCACAUCGCUGCAGCUGUAGAAAUUAAUUCAAGGUUUGUCCCGAGCUUAAAGCAGUUACAUACUGCUCUACAUUCAAAGAGUGUUGAGUUCAAAGAUAUUGUCAAGAUUGGGCGCACACAUACUCAGGAUGCUACUCCUCUGACACUUGGACAAGAGUUCAGUGGGUAUACUACUCAGGUGAAAUAUGGGAUUGAUAGAGUGUUGGAUACACUUCCUCGCAUGUAUCAACUUGCACAAGGUGGUACUGCUGUUGGAACUGGACUGAACACAAAGAAGGGGUUUGAUGUUAAAGUUGCUGCUGCAGUAGCUGAGGAGACCAAGCUGCCAUUUGUUACUGCAGAAAACAAAUUUGAAGCCCUAGCAGCACAUGAUGCUUUUGUCGAGACUAGCGGGGCCUUGAAUACAGUUUCUGUUUCUCUUCAUAAGAUUGCAAAUGACAUCCGACUUCUUGGGAGCGGUCCACGUUGUGGGUUAGGCGAAUUAAUUCUUCCCGAAAAUGAGCCAGGCAGCAGUAUCAUGCCUGGAAAGGUUAAUCCUACACAGUGCGAGGCUCUUACCAUGGUUUGUGCCCAGGUAAUGGGAAAUCACACAGCCAUUACUGUCGGUGGAUUGAAUGGUCAUUUUGAACUCAAUGUGUACAAGCCUGUAAUUGCCAGUAAUCUGCUUCGAUCUUUGAGGUUGCUUGGGGAUGCUUCCAUUUCUUUCGAGAAGAACUGUGUGAGAGGAAUUCAAGCAAACCAAGAGAGGAUUUCAAAAUUACUCCAUGAGUCUCUGAUGCUUGUUACAUCAUUGAACACUAAAAUCGGCUACGACAAGGCUGCUGCUGUUGCCAAGAAAGCUCACAAAGAGGGGACAACUUUGAAGAACGCAGCAUUAGGCCUUGGAGUCCUGACUGGCGAAGAAUUCGACGUACUCGUGGUACCCCAUAAAAUGAUCGGCCCGUCGGACUGAAUGUCUACACAUUACAGCAUUCGGAAAUAAGUUUUCCCAAAAUCAUUUUCCAAUCAGAUUUUUACACUCAAUUCUUUCCUUUUGUUAGGACAUAUCAUAGCAAAGGUGGAUAUUUUAAGGGAAAAAUAAGUUUUCCAAAUGAAUAUUGAGGAAACAAUGCUUUUGAUGCCCUGCAUUUUUGUGAAGUGAUUCUUCCAUUUAUAUUGAGAGCUUUUGUUCUCUUUGUACCACAAAUAAAGACCAAACAUUCCAAUAUAGUUAGCCAUAUAAUCAUGUUAAUGUA